GGUGAGAGAGGUGAAGAUGAAGAUGGAUAAAUCGAAGAGUUUGUAUGACCUGCAAGAAUUGUUGGACACGAAGAUCAUUGCAAGUAGUGGGAAUCUGAAAGGUUUCGAGAAGUAUGUAGACUUGGCUUUCAGAUGUGUGGAGGAGGAAGGAAUAAAUAGACCAUCUAUGGGUGAGGUUGUGAAAGAGAUUGAAAACAUAAUGCAACUUGCAGGAUUAAACCCUAACAUUGAUUCUGCAACGAGUUCGAGAACAUACGAGGAUGCAAGCAAAGGAUCUGGUGAUCCUUAUGGCAAGGAAGGACUCAUUUGAAUACAGAGCGGAUUUCCCAGCUUCAAGCCCAAAUGAUUGAUUUCGUCCAACUAUUUUUUUUGUUUUGUUUUGUUAUUGUUGUUAAGUGACUUCAUACUUGGACUGCCUUGUGAAUGACUCGUAUAGUCCUAUGAUUUGAUUUGUUGUAUAUGUAUCGCUCCUUAUAAAGAAGAGGAAUGACA